ACAAAAUAGAAAGACUUGCUUUCUUCUUUCAUCAGCUCAAAUUCUGGAAAUAGCACUUUAAGAGGGCAAAGACUCAUAUGAAGAAGACAAUCACUGUAAAAAAAUAGUUCCAGAUUCUGACACCCUUUUGGGAAAUUCGAAUUGGGUUUGGUUUUUCUUGAGAGAUGGCGUUAAAUCCUAGUAGUAGAAUGGACCCACAAACGGCUGCUGAAAGAGCCGUCUCUGUGAUCGGGUUAGGUUAUGAUUUGACAAGUGAUAUCCGGCUGACAGCAUGUAAAAUCGGACCGAAUGGGUCGGGUUUGAUAGAGGUUGAUCAGAAGUCGACCAAGGACCUGCUGGUGCCUGGUGGGGUGGUGGUUUCUAAUGUUUCCACCUCUAUCAAGUGCGAUAAAGGGGAACGAACUAGGUUUCGCUCUGAUGCUCUUUCUUUUAGUCAGAUGUCAGAACAAUUGAAUCAGGAGCUGUCCCUGUCUGGUAAGAUACCUUCUGGGUUGUUUAAUGCGAUGUUUGGUCACAAGGGAUGCUGGCAAAAAGAUGCAGCUUCGACAAAGCUUCUCGCUUUUGAUGGUUGGUUCAUUACCUUGUACAAUAUUGAGUUGGUGAGAUCCCAUCUAACACUAUCUGAGCAAGUAAAACAAGACGUUCCUUCUUCUUGGGAUCCUCCUGCACUUGCAGAGUUUAUUGAAAAAUAUGGCACCCAUAUUGUUGUUGGGGUAAAGAUGGGAGGUAAAGAUGUAAUUCACUUAAAGCAGCUGCAAAAUUCCAUUCUUCAGCCAAUGGAGGUGCAGAAAUUACUCAAGCAAUUAGCUGAUGAAAAAUUUUCAGAAGACGUAAAUGGAUGCCAGAUAGCAAAAUCUGUUAGAUCUACUGAAAAAUCAAAGGGCGAAAAAUCAAUAUUCUCAGAUCCGCAUCUACCAUUUGCAAACUCAAUGAGACCAUCUAUUAUGUCUCACUCGAAAGCUGAUGAUCUACUAAGUAUUCAUAUCCGCCGAGGAGGUCUUGAUUUUGGUCAAAGUCAUAGUCAGUGGCUUCCUACUGUAUCACAGUCUCCCAAUGCCAUAUCAAUGUCGUUUGUGCCAAUCGCUUCACUUUUGAGUGGUGUAAGGGGCAGUGGAUUUUUAAGCCAUGCAAUUAAUCUUUACCUGCGAUAUAAACCGCCAAUCGAGGAACUUGAACAAUUUUUAGAAUUCCAGUUACCUCGGCAGUGGGCUCCAGCAUAUGGUGAUCUUCCUCUUGGUCAUCGCCGCAGAAAACAGGCCUCUCCAUCCUUGCAGUUCACUUUGAUGGGUCCAAGGCUAUAUGUUAACACUGUAAAGGUUGACUCUGGAAACAGGCCAGUAACUGGUAUUCGGUUAUACUUGGAAGGUAAAAGGAGCGAUCACCUGGCUAUCCAUCUUCAACAUCUAUCAGCACUUCCUCAAAGUAUCCAACUAACAGAUGAUCUUAGCUAUGAGCCUGUCGAUGAACCAGUUGAACGAGGGUAUCUUGAACCUGUCAAAUGGAGCAUAUUUUCACAUGUUUGCACUGCUCCAGUAGAAUACCGUGGAACACGGAUCGAUGACUCUGCUUCUAUUGUGACGAAGGCCUGGUUUGAGGUGAAGGUUAUUGGAAUGAAGAAGGUCCUCUUCCUGAGGCUGGGAUUCUCAAUGGUCGCCUCAGCGAAGAUCCGUCGGUCAGAGUGGGAAGGACCAGCAACCACAUGUCGAAAAUCAGGUUUGAUCUCAAUGCUGAUCACCACCCCAUUCAGUACAAAGCUAAACCAACCCCAGAAGCCAACAAAGGUGGACUUGAAUUCCGCGGUUUAUCCUGGUGGUCCACCUUCACCAGCAAGAGCGCCAAAGAUGUCGCACUUUGUUGAUACGACAGAAAUGGUAAGAGGUCCCGAGGAGUCACCUGGUUACUGGGUGGUUACUGGUGCAAAGCUGUGUGUAGAAGAUAGUAGGAUAAGAAUGAAAGUGAAGUACUCCCUCUUAACCAUACUUACAGAGGAGUCAUUGUUGAUAUAAAGGAUUGAAAGAUUGCAUUUCAUAUUUUAUCUUUCUUUCUCUAUAGGACAUUGUGUAUACUUCUUGUGAUGUUUGCCCAGCCAGAUAUGCAAAAUGGUGUUAUAGCAAGGUCAAAUUGGCCCAGUUAAAAGUUGAGCGUGUAAAGAAACUAUGAACUUUUGUUGAAAGAAAACGGAAGAGUUUUUGAAUGUGCAUUUAACGUUCCUAAAUGCACUCUUAUUA